AUGGUGGAGAUGACAGCUGGACCAUGGUAUAUUAGACAACGUGACACAGAUCUACUCGGGAAAUUCAAGUUCAUACAAAACCAAGAAGAUGCGAGAUUAAGGGAAGCUACCAACGGUACGGCAAAUUCCCGGUGGUCGCUGGGCGUCAGUGUAAAACCUCACAAUGACUGCAGAAACCGGUACGUCAACAUCAUGCCGUUUGAAAGGAACCGCGUCCACUUGAAGACUGUAUCCGGGAAUGACUACAUUAAUGCGUCCUACGUAAAAGUGGAUGUCCCCGGACAGAGUAUCGAACCGGGAUACUACAUUGCCACCCAGGGUCCAACGAGGAACACUUGGGAACAGUUCUGGCAGAUGUGCUACCACAACUGCCCCUUGGACGACAUCGUCAUUGUGAUGGUGACGCCCUUGGUCGAGUAUAACAGGGAAAAGUGUUUCCAAUACUGGCCCCGUGGCGGUGAAGGCGAUAUGGUCAGGGUUGCACCGCAAUUGCAAGGCCCCGGUGGGUUCAGGGACAGGUCCGAGUUUCCUUGCGAUCUGCAGAUAGAAUUCUUGAGUGAGCGCAAAGUGAAAGACUUCUACACGGUCACCGAUAUCAAGUUAACGCCCUCAGACCCCAGUGUUGGGCCCGCCAAAACUGUGCAUCACUUCUACUUCGAUCUUUGGAAAGACAUGAACAAGCCGGAGGAAGUCAUACCCAUCAUGGAAUUAUGCGCUCAUUCACAUAGCCUUAAUUCUCGCGGGAACCCGAUCGUAGUGCACUGCUCUGCAGGCGUAGGAAGGACGGGGACGUUCAUUGCCCUCGACCAUCUCAUGCAUGACACCCUUGACUUCAAAAAUAUCACACAACCCCUAAGGCGCCCUGAAGAGUAUCCAGAAGAGUACACACGAGACCUAAUUGAGCAGAUCGUGUUGCAAUUGCGCUCGCAGAGAAUGAAGAUGGUACAGACGAAGGAUCAGUUCCUGUUCAUCUAUCACGCCGCCAAAUAUCUUAACAGCCUCUCUGUCAGACAACAGAAAGCUAAAUAA